AUGGCGAAGUCUACUCCAUCCACUUUAGACCUGUCCCACAACCAUGUCGAGGACGUUGCAAUACCGCGCAACGAAGGUAUCCGGAGAAACAUUGUUCGGAGCUUCAAGAAAGACAACAGUUGUCCGCCAGCAAAUAAUUCUUCGCCAGACAACGAUAUCGAAGCUGGAGCACGCAAUGUGGCCACUUCUCCAUUACAUCGUCGCCUGAAGAGCCGACACCUUCAGAUGAUUGCAAUUGGCGGGUCUAUCGGUACCGGAUUGUUUGUUGGUUCGGGAGCAGUUUUGGCAGCAGGCGGCCCAGCAUCUGUCCUCAUUGCAUACUCCCUGAUAGGCUGCAUGAUAUAUUGCAUGGUGCAUGCCCUCGGGGAAAUGGCUGUUCUAUUUCCAGUUGCAGGAUCCUUUGCACACUACGCUACGCGUUUCAUUGACCCAGCCUGGGGCUUUGCCAUGGGGUGGAACUACGCACUCCAGUGGCUUAUAACUCUGCCACUGGAAAUCGUCGCCGCGUCUCUUACCGUCGACUUUUGGAACCCUGGCGUUCCCAACGCGGUGUGGGCAGCUGUAUUCUGGGUACUAAUUGUCUCGAUCAACUUGUUUGGGGUGAAGGGAUAUGGCGAGGCCGAGUUCUUGUUCUCCCUUAUCAAGGUCAUAGCUGUGGUUGGCUUCAUUAUCCUUGGCAUCAUCCUUGACUGUGGAGGCGGCCCUGACGGGAACUAUAUAGGUGGAAAGUACUGGCACGAUCCAGGUGCUUUCAAUAAUGGCUUUAAAGGGCUCUGCAGCGUUUUUGUCAAUGCAGCGUUUGCAUUCGGUGGCACCGAGCUUGUUGGUCUGGCCGCAGCUGAGACAGAAAACCCUCGCAAGUCUCUCCCUUCGGCUAUUAAACAAGUAUUUUGGCGGAUAACUCUGUUCUACAUCAUAUCUCUCACACUUGUCGGCCUCCUGGUUCCGUAUACACACGAAAGACUUGUGAGCGGGCAAUCAUCCGUCGAUGCACAAGCCUCUCCGUUUGUCAUUGCCAUUGAGAACGCGGGGAUCGCAGGACUGCCUUCGGUGAUGAAUGUUGUCAUUUUGAUUUCCGUGCUCUCCGUCGGGAAUUCUUCCGUUUACGCCUCGUCUCGGACCCUAGCCGCUCUUGCAGACCAGCAUCAAGCACCCCAAUUCCUGUCAUAUAUUGAUCGCAAAGGGCGUCCCAUCUGGUCCAUCUGCGUUGCGUCCGCUUUGGGACUACUUUGUUUUCUGGCGGCAUCCGAUAAGCAAACAGAGGCGUUUCUCUGGAUGGUGGCAAUCUCAGGACUGUCUUGUCUAUUCACGUGGGGCUCAGUGUGCCUCUGUCAUAUACGCUUCCGCCGCGGGUGGAAGGUCCAGGGGCAUAGCCUGGACGAGUUAACAUUCCGCUCACAGCCCGGCGUUAUUGGCUCUUGGGUAGGUUUUCUUUUCAUAUGUCUUGUUCUAGUGACACAGUUUUGGAUCGGUGUGGCACCUGUGGGCUACGAGACAAUGAGUUCCAUGGAAGUGGCCAAAUCAUUUUUCUCGAGCUAUCUUGCUGCACCGAUUGUUAUUCUCUGUUACAUUUCUUACAAGCUAAUCUUUCGAACCAAAUUUAUACGGUCGAAGGAAAUGGACUUGGUUACUGGUCGCCGCGAUAUGGACAUUCGUCAUGUGGUUGAGCCGGAGAGAGCCGAGCAAGCGCAAUGGCCAGCCUGGAAAAGGGUCUACAAGUGGUUCUGCUAG